CAAUACCUCAGCUCAACCUUUCUUGCAAAACUUUCCCACCUUUCUGCCGAUUUUUUUCCUUUUCUUACAUAAGUUUUUUCAAUUGUAAUCAUCUUUAUAACCAUACCUCCUGGACGAGCCAAUAAGCUGAAGAAAUCCUGAGAAGAUAUUCAGAGAAAGUUGAAAAUGGAAAUCCAGGAGAGUCAUCAGAGCUGGCACGAAUCGUGGUCGGAGACAGACAGCAAUCCUGGAAGCAAUAGAGUCGGAUACAGUGGACCUCUGAGCGGUCCGAUUACAUCCAAUAGCAAGAAGAACAGCAGCAAGAGGAACAGCGCUAGGUUCAAAGACGACGAACGAUAUGUGGAGAUCACCCUGGACAUCCACGACGACUCAGUUUCGGUGCAGAACAUACGGGGAGGAGGCUCGGAUACGGCGUAUUUGGCGAGUAGAUUAGAGAGGAAGGCAUCUUCUUCUUCGCUGGGAUCGCAACUCUCAUUUAAACUGAGGCAAGUUUCGCGAGAGCUGAAGAGAAUGACUUCUUCCAAGACGUUCAACAAGGUUGACAGGUCAAAAUCUGGAGCUGCUCGUGCCCUGAAAGGGCUCCAGUUUAUGAGUAGUAACAAAAAUAUCGGAAGUGAAGGGUGGUCACAAGUUGAAUUGCGGUUUGAUGAAUUGGCUGUUAAUGGGAUGUUACCUAAAUCAAGCUUUGGUCAAUGCAUAGGAAUGAAUGAAUCAAAGGAAUUUGCUAGCGAAUUGUUUGAUGCAUUGGCUCGUAGGAGAGGAAUAAAUUCAGAUUCAAUUACAAAGGCUCAACUGCAAGGAUUUUGGGAACAAAUUACUGAUCAGAGCUUUGAUGCGAGACUGCAAACCUUCUUUGACAUGGUGGACAAAAAUUUAGAUGGCAGAAUCACUGAAAAGGAAGUGAAAGAGAUUAUUCUUCUUAGUGCAUCUGCAAAUAAGCUGUCAAAAAUCCAAGAAAGUGCAGAGGAAUAUGCAGCUUUAAUCAUGGAAGAGCUUGACCCAGACAAUCUUGGAUAUGUUGAGUUGUACAACUUGGAAAUGCUGCUACUGCAAGCCCCAAAUCAAUCAACUAACCUGAUAACCGAUAGUCGGAUGUUGAGCCAGAUGCUAAGUGAAAGAUUGGUGCCAACCAAAGACAGAAAUGUGAUCAAGAAAUGGUACAGGGGGCUAGCCUACUUUGUUGAGGACAAUUGGAAGAGGAUUUGGGUCAUGGCACUAUGGCUUUCUAUCUGUGCAGGCCUUUUCACCUGGAAAUUCAUUCAGUAUAAAAAUCGUGCCGUGUUCGAUGUAAUGGGGUACUGUGUUACCACAGCUAAGGGUGCAGCUGAGACACUCAAAUUCAACAUGGCACUAAUUCUUCUCCCAGUUUGUAGAAAUACCAUUACUUUGCUUAGAAGUAAAACCAAGCUUGGAGCUGUUGUUCCCUUUGAUGACAACAUCAAUUUUCACAAGGUGGUUGCUUUUGGGAUUGCUAUUGGAGUUGGACUACAUGGAAUUGCACAUCUUACAUGUGAUUUUCCAAGGCUGCUACAUACAACCGAUGAUGAGUAUGAGCCAAUGGAGCAAUUCUUUGGCGAAGAUCGCCCGGAAAACUACUGGUGGUUUGUGAAAGGGACUGAGGGUUGGACUGGUGUGGUGAUGGUGGUGCUCAUGGCCAUUGCCUACAUAUUAGCACAACCAUGGUUUCGCCGCAACAGGCUAAAGCGCCCAAAAUUCCUGAAGAAACUCACCGGUUUCAACGCCUUCUGGUACUCACACCACCUGUUUGUUAUUGUGUAUGUUUUGUUCGUCAUUCACGGAUACUAUCUCUUCCUCUCCAAGAAAUGGUACAAGAAAACGACCUGGAUGUAUCUGGCCGUCCCGGUUCUAUUAUACGCAUGUGAACGCUUGACUCGCGCAUUCAGGUCGGGCUAUAAAUCUGUGAAGAUUCUUAAGGUUGCAGUGUACCCUGGAAAUGUUCUGGCCCUGCACAUGUCAAAGCCUCAAGGAUUCAAAUACACUAGUGGGCAAUAUAUAUUUGUAAAUUGUGCAGAUGUGUCCCCAUUUCAAUGGCACCCCUUCUCCAUUACUUCAGCUCCUGGGGAUGAUUAUCUGAGCAUCCAUAUUAGGACUUUGGGUGACUGGACAUCACAACUCAAAACCCUCUUCUCUAAGGUAUGUCAGCCUCCAUCAAUGAAUCAAAGUGGCCUUCUAAGAGCAGACGUCGGGGACAGCGAAAACAAGCCCAGGUUGCCAAAACUCUUGAUUGAUGGCGCAUAUGGAGCUCCUGCACAAGACUACAAGGAAUAUGAUGUGCUCCUCUUGGUUGGCCUUGGCAUAGGAGCCACCCCAUUGAUCAGCAUUGUAAAAGAUGUUCUUAACAACAUUAGGCAACAGAAAGAAUUGGAAGAAGGAAUAGUAGAGGGUGGACAAGCCAAAAACAAUAAGAAAAAGCCUUUCGCAACCAAACGUGCUUAUUUCUAUUGGGUCACUCGCGAGCAAGGCUCGUUUGAGUGGUUUAGGGGUGUCAUGAACGAGGUUGCAGAUUACGAUCUAGACGGAAUCAUCGAGCUUCAUAACUAUUGCACUAGUGUCUACGAAGAAGGAGAUGCAAGAUCAGCUCUAAUCACCAUGCUUCAAUCUCUCAACCAUGCUAAAAAUGGUCUUGACAUCGUGUCAGGUACCCAAGUUAAAACACAUUUCGCUAGACCUAACUGGCGUACCGUUUUCAAGCACGUUGCCAUGAAGCACACCGACGAAAGAGUUGGGGUGUUUUACUGUGGAGCUCCAGGACUGACUGGAGAAUUAAGGCGGCUAGCUCAAGACUUUUCUAGGAAAACUACAACCAAAUUUGAUUUUCAUAAAGAGAACUUUUGAAUUUGUCUUUAGUGCUUUUACUCUUUCUUUAUCUUUUAUUUUAAAUUUAAUUCUUUUUGUAAAUGUAAUAUAAGUUUAAUUUAUGUGAUGUUCCUUCUACAGCAUACAUAAAUGUAAUCUUUAUAAUAGUUUUUGUGGACUCUACUUUAGUUAAAAAUGUAAUGUUUCUUGUACUACUU